AAAUGUGAAUUACAGCACUGCGUGGUGGACAUGCGCGAAGCUGCAGCGAAUAUGGCGGCUUGCAUCUGUUAGAAAGUGGAAUCUCCCCUCAAAAUACGCUACUCAGACGUGUCUGUGCAGAUAAAAUCCUUCCUGACUUCACCUCUUCUGCAGCAGCAAGUUGAACUCUUGUCAUCAUGGGUCGUACACCACACAGAGAUCAAAAAGAGGAGAAGGAGAGACCGAGCAGCAUCACAGCAGGCUCUGCCCUCGACAAAGCCAACGAACCGUUCAGUUGGGAGGACUAUUUAAGAGAAACGUCCUCCAUCGCAGCAUCGCCUGCAUGCUUCAAACAGUCCAGAGUCCCCCCCUCCAACGACUUCAAAGCCGGAAUGAAACUUGAAGCUCGGGACCCUCGAAACUCUCACUCUGUGUGCAUCGCAACCGUGAUGGGCAUGAUGGGUACGCGUCUACGCCUGCGACUGGACGGCAGCGACAACACCAACGACUUCUGGAGGCUGAUCGACUCGUUAGAAAUCCAACCAAUAGGAACCUGUGAGAGGAACGGAGACAUGCUGCAGCCACCGCUUGGUUUCAGGAUGAACGCCUCCUCGUGGCCCAUGUUCCUCCUGCGCACUCUGAGUGGAGCAGAGAUGGCCCCCGCCUCUGCUUUUAAAAAGGAACCAGCCAGUCCUGUUAAAAACUACUUCCAGCCUGGAAUGAAGCUGGAGGCGGUGGACAGGAAGAACCCCUAUCUGAUUUGUCCAGCCACAGUGGGAGAGGUCAGAGGUCAGGAGAUUUUCGUAAUGUUUGACGGCUGGCGAGGCGCCUUCGACUACUGGUGCCCCUUCGACUCAAGAGACAUCUUCCCCGUGGGCUGGUGUGCUCUGUCAAAACACAGCUUACAGCUGCCCGGAAACUUCUUUACCCUCCCUGGUGCACUCCUCGCUCCUGUAUCCUCCAUCUCACCCUCCCUCUCCACUCGUCGCUCCUCGUUCAACUCUUCCUCCUCCAUGCAGACCUCGUACAGACUGCCCAACCCCUUACCACCCCUCCCUGUGCGCAAGGGUGUCCGAGGUCGACGUCCCAAAUCCCAGACCAUCGCUUUGUUGAAGGCAGCGGCCGAAGCUGCGGCGGCAGCAGCAGUUAAUGGAGCAUCACAGAGCCCUGCCAGGACCGGCUCUGAGGCUCAACUGGCCCCCAGACCACACAAGAAGAGAGGGCCUAAACCCAAGAACAAGAAGAAGCCUCAGGUGGGUCACUCCCUGGGGGUGCCAUCGGUUACAGCUCCGCCUCCUGAGACCAGACUGAGCUCCAUUCUUGUUUCCUCAGACAACAACCACAGCAACGGCUCCAAUGUAGUUUGCACAGUGUGUGUCUAUGUGAACAAACACGGUGACUAUGGUCGGCAUCUUGACAGAAAACUAGUACAACAGCUGCCAGACCACUUUGGUCCAGCACCAGUCAACGCUGUGCUCCAGCAAGCUGUUCAGGCCUGUGUGGACUGUACGUACCAGCCCUCUGUGCUGCUGUCCUUCCUACAGAGCCAGUCUCACACCGGAGGGGAAGUCAUCAGAGUACGGUCUGAGCAUGGUAUCCGCUAUGUGAAGCUGCCCUCGGCCUCCAGCACGUCUUCUGUGCUGCGGUUUCUGGAGAACAUGUGCCAACAUCUAGAGAGCGACAGUUUGUUCAGCUCGCAGCCAUUCAGCGCCUUCACCAACAACGCGCGCUUCUACAACCGGACAAAGUCAGAACCAGUGUCCCACACUGAGAAUGGCCUGUCCAAAGACGACUCCACAAAGGAUCCAGCUCCCAGCACCCGCUCCCUUCACAACCCAUCAGACUACAGAGCAGCGAAGAAGGAGCGGCCAUAUUUCCCUGGACAAACACACACACCGCCACCCCUAAGACGCGUCAGCUCCAACCCUACUGAGCACACCAAUAUGAGUGCACAGAGACGGGUAGAGGCAGCGAGCUCAACAACCGGUCCAGACCAUGUGAAACAGGACAAGGAGGGUUCAGUAAACGACGCUUCUUCCUGGUCAGUCGAUGAUGUCAUACGGUUCGUCCAGGAGGCUGAUCCUCACACUCUUGGCCCGCAUGUCGACCUGUUCAGGAAACAUGAGAUUGAUGGCAAAGCCCUGAUGUUGCUGCGUAGUGAUGUCAUCAUGAAGUACAUGGGACUAAAGCUGGGGCCGGCGCUCAAACUCUGUCAUCACAUCGAGAAGCUAAAACAGACCAAGCAAUAGAGGAUGAAGGCUCUCUUUUUAUAUUGCUGGCAGAUUCACCUGAAUGAGGGGUGAAGCUAUCGCCUAGGACACUGAGGUCAAGUCUUCCUUUCUUUGUGAAUUUUAAUAACCUACAAGGAUUUUACAAAAAGAAACAUACACAUGAUGUGGAUUUAAAAAAAACUGAUUUCAGUAUUUUCUUUUUAAAUAAGCUGUUGAAAUAUGACUACUUUUAGCCACAAAAUAUCAUAAGCCUCAUUUCCACUACAUGAUAAACAUGGAGUGACUCGACUUGCUUUGAAUUGUUCAUUUAUGCUUUUCAAUGGGCAUAUUAUAUGGACAGCAACUGUGACCUAGUAUUUUUUUAAAUUACCUUGGCUGAAGUUUCAAGUCACAGCAUCAAAGUGCUGCUCCCACGUGAUUGGUCAGAGAGAGCCCUCAAUUGCGCGUCAGCCAUGGGACACAGUACACAACCCCAACACCUACUUUGUUGUUCUGUUUUUGAGGGAAAUACAUUUGUGGUAUUUUCUUACUACAUCGCAUUUACUAUUACUGGACAGGAAAUGAAGUAACAGCCAGGUAGAGAAGAAGUAUGGCAUGAUUUAAAAAAGCUCAUCUUAAUUGAUUAAUUUAAUAAUCAAACUCAAUGCAUAAAAACAUUAAAUUCAACAAAUGAAGUUAUUUAAUUUGAAAUCAAAUUAAAUUAGUUUUUGUUUCAAAAUGUGCCCCAAUGGCUCUGAUUUUGAACACUUUUCAACAGGUUUAUUUUAUACUGCAUAAGGGUCAUGACCCAGAGUAGAUAUCUGAGCUUAUGCAUGACUUCUGUUAAUGUAAGUUUAUUUUUUGCCUUAUUAUGAACCACUGUAGCACAUCAAGCUAUCAAAUUUAUGAAGUUCACCUCUUUAGCCUUUUCCACACCAACAUCAGCUGAAGGUUUUCUAUUUCUUCAGAUUAUAAACUAUUAUUUUGUUUUCAUUUACAGUUUAAGGCUGGAUUCUCAGUGAACGUCUCACUGUAUCGUUUCUAACAAUGCAACAUUAACGCAUUAAUGUUUCUGAAUGAUUUUGUCUGUUGGAGAAAGUCAGAUUUUGUUAAUGCAAGCCACUGAUUGUAUAAUCAUUACGUUGAUUACGGUGCAAACAGGUACUUAACCUCAAGAAUGCUCCAGGUACGUGCGUAAGAAGUGAAGGAAGGGUUGCAUUAAUAAAAUCAGGAGAAGUCUUAUUAUUUCCUGAAAUGAAUUUUACACAAAUUACUCCUGUUUUUCACGAGUUAGGUUUGGUUGAAUUAAAUUACAUUUUCUUUACAUGAUGGAUACUUUGUUUUGGAAGAAAACCUUUCAUUAGUUUCUGCAGGGCAGGCUGCACACAUAGAAAAUCCGGGACUGACUCUUUAUUUGUGUCUGUUUUUGAGUGCUGGAAGACAUUCAAGAUUUUGGUUUCAGCUUGAAUCAUGACAUGACUACAUGAUUGUAAUAUUCUUUGAGAGACACACAUGAUACACCAAGAUGAAUGCCAUCAACUGUCUAGUUUAAGUGCUGUACAGAACAAUGAGGAUCUCCUGAGCAAGUACGUGAUGGACAAAACUGCUUUGUAAAAAGUUACUAGAUUUUCUUUUUUAAACAAAGUGUAUCAACUUGUAUGAGGCGUGAGUGUUUUUGCGUGCACCAUCAUAUAACUAUACCUACAGGAAGAUGUUGUGUCUUUGUAAAUAAUCACAUGUCUAAAAGUAUUUAUCAGUUUUUGAUGGCAGAAAUCCAAAAUUUUCUGAACAUUUCAGAACCAAUUUUCAAACCAAAUCAUGUAGCUGUUUAUCACACUGUUGCUCUCCUGUAGUGUUAACAAGUUGAUACUUGAAAUGAUUUUGCUUUAAUGUGAAACUCAGGUUUUAGUAGGGGUUGUUUUCUAGAGGAUGUUUUACAUCAUUAGCAUUGUGUGUUAAUUAAUACAACAUAAAGGGACUGCACAAUAACCGACUAUGUAUAUUUUUUAAUGCCUUGUGAUCUAUUGCUUGCAGCAUCUCAUGUAUAUAUGCGAUUUUUUACUGUAAGUUCAACAAAAUAUGUUUGUUUAAUAUGUUUGAUAUGCAUUCACACUAUUAAACAUUUCUGUACAUCA